AAUUUUUAAUUUUUUUAUGUUGUAUAUAUUGAGGCUACUUACACAUAAUAUUUGUGAAAAAAUGAGAAGUAUCAUUCUUUGAUUAAAGUCCAUUGAGUUGGUGAGCUUUUUUUAUGUCAUCUUCUGUAAAUAAUAUGAAGUAUCAUUUAGUGUAUGACAAUCACUCAAUCUGAGUUGUCAUGUUCCACCUGCAACACCUCCAACUCUCUGAAAGGAGGGAUGAAUCUCUCAGGAUUGAGAAGGGAACAGCCAUGUGCCGGUUCCAGUAUCGAUUGCGUCCUGAGUGUGGGAAUCUCUCAGUGAGACGAGAAACUUGUCACUUAAUUUGGCAAACUACUCAAGCAAAGCAAAUUUUAGCUUCCUUGCUUGAAGUGAAGGACAUCAAAAGAGGCAAAAAUUCCAAGGAUUUUGAGAAGUGGCCUGAUGAGAGCCAGCGCCACAGCCCAAGCAAAUGUUUUGUGCUGUCGUACACGACUGAAUUCAAGUACAAAACUCUUUCGCUGGCGGCGCUGUCAGAGCCAGAGUGCCAGGACUGGCUGGUGGGCAUACAGUUCCUAGUGCAGGAGGCCAGGGAAGCAAGUCACAACACGCGUCUCGAGCGUCUCCUCAGGACCGACUUCUACACACUUCAGAAUCAAAACUUCAAGGUGGGAGUGCGCGAGGUACGGCAGCUGAUCGCGCGUCUGCACCACAAGGAGCGCGAGCCUCGCCUGCGGCAGCUCAUGCAGGCGGCGGACCCCAACCUGCGCGGAGACCUCAUCAACUUCGACCAGUUCUGUGACCUGGUCAAGCUAUUCAUCUGGGAGGAGCAGCGGCAAAUACUGGAGCACUGCCACGACCUGUCCAAGUACUACAAGAAGCAGGGCCACUGUUCCCUGCAGCAGUUCCAGAACUUUCUGGUCGAGCAGCAGAACCAGGACCCGUUGACGGCAGCACAGAUCAUCCGCGACGCUGUGGACGACAGGGAGCGAGAUCUGGCGCAGCCCUACCUACAGCCCGACGAGUUUUUGCAGUAUCUAUUUUCUCGGGAGAACCAAAUUUUCCAGCGGAAUGAGCCACAAGACAUGACCAGGCCUCUUUCUCACUACUUCAUAGCUUCGUCGCACAAUACGUACCUGGUGGGGAAGCAGAUAGGGGACGAGUCGUCAGUUGAGGCGUACGCCCGAGCGCUGCGGCAAGGCUGCCGCUGCAUAGAGCUGGACACGUGGCCAGAGAAGGACGGCAAGAUCUAUAUAUACCACGGCUACGCCUUCACCACCAAGAUUCUCCUUAGUGACGUACUCAAAUGCAUCAGGGACAACGCUUUCUUCUCCUCCCCCUACCCCGUAAUAUUGUCCAUUGAAGAUCACUGCACACUUCCGCAUCAGCGGGAGAUGGCCCGCCUCCUGCGGGAGGUGUUCGGGUCUGACCUGGUAACAGAGCCCCUGGUGCCAGGGGAGACUCUGGCACCUUCUCCUCAGGACCUCAGGAGAAAAAUUCUUCUGAAGCACCGCAAGCUUCCUGACGGAGGUCACGAGAACGGGGCAGUGGCAGCCUCGCCGCCCUCUGAUGACUUGGGUCUCCACGACGCUGUGCGCCGCGGCCUGCUGUACAGACGCCACCCGGUGUGUCCAGCGCAGUGGCUGCAGCAUUACUUCGUGCUCUCCUCCACACGCCUCUACUACAGCCACGCCUGCGACGACAGCGACGACGAACAGGACAACAACUGCGCUUCUGAGGCUCAGGCAGACAAGUCCCCCGAACUGCGGCACGAGAAUGAGGUUUGGUUCCACGGGCGUAGUAACGUGACGCGCGACGCUGCUGAGGAGCUCCUGAAGAAACACAGGAGCCUCGGCGACGGCACCUUCCUCGUCAGGAAGAGUGAGAACUUCGUCGGGGACUACACCCUCUCCUUCUGGUUCCGCGGCCAGUGCCAUCACUGCCGCAUUCACAGCAACCAGGGCGCGGACUCUACGCGCUACUUCCUCAAAGAAAACGAACUCUUCGACACGCUUUACGAUCUGGUGCAGCACUACAAGAUAAACCCCAUAAAGCCUGUCCAUUCUCAGAACAUCGUGACGACUCUGACAUCGUCGGUGCCGCAGCCAGACAGCCACGAGCGCAUGCCGUGGUUCCAUCGUAACGUCAACCGCCGCGCCGCGGAGCUCUGCCUCCACCGCCUCUGCAGAGACGGCGUCUUCCUCGUACGCCCCAGCACCAAACGCGCCGGCCAGUUCGCCAUCACAUUCAGGGUGUGCGAGGAAAUAAGACACUGCCGCGUGCAGCGGGAGGAGGGCGGGUCGUUCUCGCUGGGCAGCUCAGUGUUCGAGUCCCUGACGGAGCUGGUGCGUCACUACGGCCGCCACAGCCUCUUCAGGAACACCAAGCUGCGCUACCCUGUGCCUGCGUCCGUCCUGCAGAGCGUCCUCAGGAUGGAUCCUAUGGAGUGUGCGGAACCGCGUGAAUCCGACUACAUCAGCAACAUCCGCGUGAAGGCGCUGAAGGAGUACAGCGCGCGCAAGGACGACGAGCUCACGUUUGUCAAGCACGCCAUCAUAGACAACGUGAACCAAGUGUACGAUGAAUGGUGGAAGGGUGACUAUGGCGGUCGCAUCCAGGCCUUCUUCCCUGCCAGCCAUGUUGUCGUCCUGCCGCCUGAUGCGCCCCAUGAAAGUGUGGACCAGCAUCUCCUGGGCACGCUGCAGCAGGGCUCUAUAGAACUCCUGGGGGCGUCAUCCUCCCUCGUGCACACCGCCUCCUCAGGACCUGUUCAGGCCGUCAUCAAAAUUGUGUCUGGCCUGAGUGUGCUGGAAGUGGGAUUCGAAAGUCAAGCGGAAGCGACGGAGUGGCUGCAGGACAUCCGAUCGCUGGCCACCAGAGACGACCCCAUCGACCUGCACGUGCGCGCUCGUGAGCGCCAGCAAGACGUGGCGCGCCAGAUGAGCGACUUGGUCGUGUACUUCGAGGCGGUGAUCUUCAACAGCGACCAGGCGUUCACGCGGGGCGGCGUGCACAACCAAGUGUCUUCGCACAGCGAGCUCAAGAUCGAGCGCUUCAUGUCCACCAACCCCCAGAAGCUACUUCAGUUCCAUAAGGUUGGCUUUAGCCGCGUGUACCCUAAGAACACACGUGUGGACUCCAGCAACUUCCUGCCCAUGCCCAUGUGGUGUCAUGGCGUGCAGCUCGUCGCACUCAACUACCAGACCGGGGACAAAGGCAUGCAGUUGAACCACGGCAUGUUCCUACAAAACGACAACUGUGGCUACGUGCUGCGGCCAGACUGCCACUUCGACGACAAGUACAAUCCUGCGGACCCGUCGACCCUGCGCGGCGUCGCGCCUUACGACAUCACCAUCCGGGUGCUCGGCGCUCGUCACCUGACGAGGAGCAGACGAGGGAUCAUCACACCAAUAGUGGAGGUUGAGGUCAUCGGCUGCGAGUACGAGACCAACACGCGCUUCACCACCGUCAACAACGUGAGCAACGGGCUUUGUCCUUCCUGGAAUGAAGUGUUCCAGUUCCGCGUAAUGAAUCCGUCGUUGGCGCUGCUGCGCUUCGUCGUCUACGAGGAGGAGGUCUUCUCAGAGCAGAUGCAGAUUGCUCAGGCCACUUUCCCGAUCACCUGCCUUCGCACGGGCUACCGCAGCGUGCCUCUGAAGAACAACUUCUCUGAGGACCUGGAGCUCGCUUCUCUGCUAGUCCACUAUUCCUUUAAAUCUGAGGCACCGCCGGAGCUUUCGAGCAGCGACGCUGCGACGCACUAGAGCAGCGCAGCACUCCAGCAGCGCAGCACUCCAGCAGCGCAGC